AUGGGGCAUGGCGGUGAUCAGUGUGCUGGUAUGGGGCAUGGCGGUGAUCAGUGUGCUGGUAUGGAGCAUGGCGGUGAUCAGUGUGCUGGUAUGGGGCAUGGCGGUAAUCAGGGCGCUGGUAUGGCGUAUGGCAGUGAUCAGGAUGCUGGUAUGGCAUAUGGGGUGACCAGGAUGCUGGUGUGGGGCAUGGCGGUGAUCAGGAUGCUGGUAUGGGGUAUGGUGGUGACCAGGAUGCUGGUAUGGGGUAUGGUGGUGAUCAGGACGCUGGUAUGGGGCAUGGCGGUGAUCAGGAUGCUGGUAUGGCAUUCGGGGUGAUCAGGAUGCUGGUAUGGGACUUGGCGGUGAUCAGGGCACUGUUAUGCUGUUUGGCGGUGAUCAAGAUGCUGGUAUGGGGCAUGGCGGUGAUCAGGACAUUGGUUUGGGGUAUGGAGGUGAUGAGGCACAGGUAUGGAAGUGAUCAGGGUGCUGGUAUGG